AUGAUUCCUGGGUGGAAUGCAGCAGGUUACAUUCUGUCACCAUACCGUACCGUAUCUCUGCGACCCUCCUCCAUCCUGCAUCGCGACGUCGACCAGCCUCAAAGCACGGCCAGACCUGUGCAAUGCAUCUUUCAUCCAUUAUUCCAGGCUAUCCAUCUCGUCGAACUCGAUGAGGUGAUCGCGAUGGUCGUCACCUCGCGGUCGUCGCUGCGAUCCUCGGUGCGACCCCGGCAGCCCGCUGAAAAGAAGACCAAGAACACCCGUGCCAGACAGCACGCCAGCAGCCAGCCUGUCGACGACGACAGCGACCACGACGUCCUCUCCCAUCCAGAACCUAUCUCCGAAAGCAAGACGCUGUCCAAUGUCGCCCAUCCGCAGGAAAACCUCCGCAAGCGGCCUCGUGCCUCCCCGCCGUCGCCCACGCGUUCGCGCCGCCUGCGGGCCCCCUUGGCCGUCCACCAGCCUGCGUACGACGACGACGACAUCGCUGACGACCAUCUCGACCAUGGCCAUCGUCCCGUGAAAAAGCCUCGCCACUCUCACUCGCCUGACCCCCUCAACACCAUCGAUGGCCCCGACCAUCACGACUCGUCGCGGAGACCCAACACCUUCUCCUCCCCUACGCCCGUCGCAGCAGUCUCGUCCUCGUCCAAACGACGGUCUGCCCGCACGGGCCAAUCCCGCCCCGUCGUCAUCGUGAACGACGGGGAAUCUCACGGGGUGACUGCGUCGACCGGUCCUGAAGCUCAGGGAAAUAGUACUCAUAAGGAUGCGGCGGGACAGAAUGAGAAGUCAGCGGCAGGCGCAGCACCGCAGCCUGCUCCCGUCCCAGAGAGACGGUCGUUGCGGUCGCAUGAUGGGGGGUCGCGGACCAAGAGCGAGUUGGCGUUGUAUUUCCCCAAUUACGAGCAGAUGAUCAGUCUGGAGCCGCCGAAACCUGACGACCUCGCCGAACCACCCCUUCCUCCCUCUCCCGCCUCGCCGUCAAAAUCCCGAAAACCCAAGUCCGACUCGGACUCGCCGUUUGGCAACCCUCUGGUCAAUCUGCAUGCGUGCGAGGUCGUUGAGCUGCCGGAACCAGCGGAUCCUACCAGUCAAACGGAUCCGCUGGGAGAGGAGGUCUACUUCAAAGCCCACCGGCGCAACGAACGCCAGGAGAAGCAACUGCGGAACAUUGAAAAGGAGCGUGCACAGCACGAGAAGGUGCAGCUAGACCGGCUGCUCGACGAGCUGCAGGGCCAUGACUGGCUGCGGGUGAUGGGCAUCAGCGGCAUUACCGACACGGAGAAGAAGCUGUACGAGCCGAAACGCGACCUCUUCAUCAAGGAGGUGGCGGCGUUGAUUGAGAAGUUUCGCGUCUGGAAGGAGGAGGAGAAGCGGCGGAAGCAGGAGAGAGAGCAGAUGCUGGCGGCGGCGGCGGCAGCAGCAGCAGCAGCCUCAGCACUGUCAGCGAAGGAAGAGAAAACACAGCGCGAGGAGAAUGACGACGAGGGAGAGGAGCAAGAGGAGGCAGAGGAAGAGGCCGCGGAAGACGUCCGUCCUCCAUCGUCAGAUCUCCAGAGUUACGGCGACCCGCCGGACCCCAACGACGUCGACGCCUGGGCAGCCCGUCAGUUACUACAAGAAGCGCGGUCUGCGUCUGCAGCGCCGAAACCAAGCCAGCCGCCGCCUCCCCCCGCGGUGCCAGAGCCAGAGCCAUUCCGAUCGUUCUUCGCGAAGCGCUACCUGCGCGAUGCGGCGAUCGGGGGCCACCGACGGGGCCGCUCCCGGAUGGCGUUUGGCCAGCCUAUCCCGGAGAUGCAGGAGCGCGAGUUCCAGCUACCGGACGACAUCCUGACGCCGGAAGCCAUCAGUUCGGUGAUGCGCAAGCGGCGGCGGUUGAAGCGGGCGAGCCGGUAG